GUUCCCCCUGUUGUCAUCGUAUCCCUUGCUCGCGCGCGAUGGCCCUAGAUGCCAAUGGCAAUGAACUGGGGUAUGUUUGUUUGUGUUACUUAUUUCUCCUUCCAGCAAGUUGUUUGUGGGUGGCUUACACCAGUCAACUACCAAUGGUGAGCUCAGUCCGUUUAUUUGAGCCCCACAGACUCACUGAAGGCAUAUUUUUCGCUUUAUGGUGACAUUGAAGAGUCCGUGGUGAUGAUGGACAAUCGGACAGGCCGAUCACGCGGUUUCGGGUAUAUAAAGUUUAGAGAGAAUUCAGCGGUGGAUUCGGUGCUUGCCCAAAAGCCACAUAUAGUGGAUCAUAAGGAAGUAGACCCCAAGCGUUGCAACGUGAACAUGAAAGGAAAGAACCGCCGUAGCUUGAAGGUGUUUGUCGGGGGAGUCGCGUUCGAGCACGACGAGUCCACUAUCCGAAACUUUUUCUCUAACUACGGGAGGGUCACUGAUGUUAAUCUACUCACCUCUCCAAAUAAACAGCGCCAUCGUGGAUUUGCUUUCGUUGGAUUCGAAGAUGAAGAGGUUGUCAAAAACCUUAUCCGCAUGCACUAUGUCAACUUGGACGGGAAGCAGGUUGAAGUCAAAGCAAUGGAACCUCCUAUUGGCCAUCGAACAGGCUACCCCAUUGCGGUUGGCGGCUCUGCGCCUUUACAAACGAAUGGCCGGGCCGUUCGCGGUGGACGCAACCACAAUUUUCCUCAAUUGCAACCAAGUGAUCCAUAUGUUCCUUGGAAUCAAUGGCCUGGCAUGGGAAGCGGAAGUUGGAACGCCGCCGGUGGUCCCGUAGGACCUCAUCCUGCGUGGAACCCGCAGCAAGUAGGGUGGAGUGGUGGUACUAGUAACGGCGCUCCGCCAAGCGCUCACCAUGGAAUGCAACCUGGAACUGCCGCGCAUUUGUCUAAUCUAGGUCCAGUCCAUGGUGUGGGAUGGCCUCAGCAACCUGGUCCUGCUGCUAACGGCUGGUUGCAACCCACCUGGAACUCACAGUUUGGCGCCUCAUCGACCAACAAUCGGGGUUUGGGAGAUGAUGCGUCCCUGCUGAGCUAUCAGCAACAGCAGCAGCAUCAACGAAAAUCCCAAGGAGCAUGGGAUCCACUGUGCUUUGCAGCUCUGACCUCCAGUUCUAACUCAGGAUCCAACCACAACGAUUCGGUCAACUCGCUGGAGUCCUGGAAUUCUGCUGCUGCAAAUGCGUUGUGCCAAUUGGCUCCUCUCUCAAUUGGCUCAGGUCUCGCCCAUACGAGCACUGGGGCUGCCGAUUGGAAUCAAGCUCCUGCACCGGGCUCGGUGUCUAAUCAACAUUGGUCAGCGUCAACUACCAUGUCAAUGGUAGGAACAAACUCUAUACAACAUGGCAGCGCUACUCCCAACGGUAUGCAGAGCGGAUAUUUAAAUGAUCAGUCAAUUGCUGCUAUGGCCGCUGCUGCUGCCUCCUUUGGCAUGAGAAGAUCUGGAAACUCUACCGUGCCACAUUGGGCUUCCUCCACCUCCGGACAUAGAGAUGUUGCUGGCUUGAAGUUGGAUGGGACGGUCUUUCAACCCUCCUGUGGAUACGGUUUGCCUUCCACUGGUCCUGCCACCAAUAGUAACGUUCAUGCAAAUUUGCAACAUCCACCGAACAACGGAAUGCUGCAUGGUGGUGGUGAGUGGCGCACAGUAGCAGCAACUCAGGCGGCUUCCGGCACCUCAUCGAUCUCCGGUUUUCAUUCAACACCACAGCAUCCUUUGUACCAACGGUAGUGCCUGAUAAUUUCUUGAUCCUAUAGGAGUUUCUCCAUUCCUUGGGUACCUCAAGAAAACUUGGUGACAUCUUGUGGACCGGUUUAGUAGUCAGUUUGGAAGUGCUUUUAUUAUGCAUGAAUCAAGUGUCCCCCUAUCCUUCUUCACUUCCGGGGCAGCCUUUCUCUCUUAUGCCAGUUUGGUUUUAGUACCUCUGCUUGCCUUUAGUCUGUGUAUUGUGUCUCAGCGCAGUCGCGAUUUUUGAUUGCUUCACUCUGCUAGUCGUCUUUCUACAUCUCAUUGAGCGCUGUAAAGUUUAUCUGGAGUUCGUUUGUGUAAAGAGGUUUUCUCUUAAUCCGUGAAAACCAACAAUUUUCAGUGCUUUUUAACGUGAAUCACAUUUCACAACAGACAACGGACUCAAACUACCUGUUUGCUUCACUCUCCUCCUCGCCAUCUAUUCGUUUUACUAAUUUCCUAAUUAGUCGAGUUAACGUUACUUUGUGAUUCCGUUGUGUGAACCCAUUGUGUUUGAGACCUUUUAUUGCUAAUCCCGUGUUUUUAUCCCUUUCCGGUUACUUCUCUCUUCACUUGACGCGUUAUGUUUUGAUUUCAUUGUACAGCGGCGACAAGUUACUCUCACUUAGCCAUACCUCAAUCAUUGUGCUUGUGAUAGAUCAAUGGCUGUUUUGUAACACCCCUGCGGUCCGUUUUCCUCAACUGGUUUGCACCAUUAUCUUCGUCCAUUUGUUGUCUACUUUCUUUUUUCAAACACCUGUAAUGUGACCCUAUUUUGACCUUUUUUACUUACCUUUAUUUAUUAUGCAUAAAUCAGUAGUUCAGCACUU